CUCUUAGACUGCUGCGUCUCGCGACAGCCUCGGCUCCUGAGCAGAGGUCAAGCCUCACCCGUUGGGAUUUAGCCGGGACUUCCACUGAAGUGGGCUCCCAUCUGACGGCAUCAAUAAAAAGGGGCUCCAGGUUGGUGGCCAGCUGUCCGCUGGUGUUCCGUUGGGGCCUCAGCAGCAGAACCAGCAGCUACUUCUGACUCCCGCCAGCCUCCAGCUUGCUCAACUCCAGGCACAACUUACACUCCAUCGCCUUAAACUGGCGCAGGGGGGCAACACUGCAGCCGCUGCCAACGUUCUCAAUCAGGUUCUCUCCAAUGUGGCCAUGUCUCAGCCGCUGUUCAAUCACCUCCGGACUUCCACAAUGCUUGGGAACCAUCAAGGUGCCCUCCCAACUGGAGUGCUGGGGUUUCCCUCUUCGAAUUCAGCUUUAGGAGCCUUGGGAUCUGGAGGAUUUAACCAAAGCCCUGGGAACGUCAGACUGAACCACAAUGGUGGAGGGACACAAGUCAGUCAACAGGUAGCAGAUUUUCCCAAAAAAUCAGGGCUGACUUACAACUCUGACACAGACCGGCGCCUCCAGUAUGAAGCUCCGGCUGCAAAGGAUGGACUCCUCUCAGCGUCUAACAAUCAGGCAAAACACUUGAACAGUGUGGGAUUUAAACAAGAUUUCUACGGCCAAGACUUUACCAGACCGCAGACUGGUUUCCGUGUCGGUGAGCAGAACACAAAUCUCUACAACUCAGUGGCACAAGCCGAGCAGUGGAAAGAACCUGCUCAGUCUGGAGCGAUGGACAUGGUGCCUGAAGCAGCAUCUGUGUGGAAGGCAGCUGGACAGCCUUUGCGGCCCAGAGCUGAUUUGUAUAACCCAGAGGAACCAACCUCUGACCUCAAGUUUAAUCCCAAGGGUGGGGUUCCUUCUUUUAGCUCAAUCAGCAGACCCGGUUUUAGCAGCUACCAGCCCAUACAUGGAGGUGAAGAAACCAUGUGUUCAGGUAGUAAGACGCUUCUGCCUCACCAAGUCAACGACUACCAUGCGGUCAUCCCCACUCAACUCCCACACCAAUGUAGCAUCUGUGACAAAAAAGUUUACAACCUCAAGGAUUGGGACCAGCAUGUGAAGGGAAAGCUUCACCUUCAGAACCAGCUCCUGUACACGAGCGAAAGCUCGUCGGUGUCAUCAGCCGGAGCUACUCACUUCACAGUUGGCCGGACCUCCGAUGUCAGUCACUGCACGGGCGGAACUAACUCCAUGAUCUACUCUGCUGCAAGUCAAGUCACUCUGUCAAGUCAAGAUGCAUCCUCAGGAGCCAGCGCUGCAUAUUUGCCAGCAGCAGCCAUGAACACAUAUCCACUGUCAAACACAGGAUUUGCAGCACACCAGCCAGAGUCAAAGGUAUUUCCACCCAGAAAAGCUACAGCAGGGCGGGUCGUUCACAUCUGCAACCUCCCUGAAGGAAGCUGUACGGAAAACGAUGUCAUUAACUUGGGACUCCCUUUUGGAAAAGUCACCAAAUACAUCCUAAUGCGAUCCACGCAUCAGGCGUUCCUGGAGCUGUCCUACGUUGAAGCAGCGCAGGCCAUGGUUCAGUACUACCAACUCACCCCAGCCAUGAUAAACAAUCAGAAACUUCUGAUCCGAAUGUCUAAAAGGUACAAAGAGCUGCAGCUGAAGAAACCAGGAAAGGAUGUUCAGACCAUUAUACAGGACAUUGCCUCCCAGCGGGAUAGAGAGGAAAUGCAAGAACUUGAGCACUACAUGCCAGAAAGAGCUCGUUCCCGAAGCCCAGUUUGCCGCUCCUUGAGUCCUCAUUCACAUAGCCCCAGUUUUACCUCAUGUAGUUCCGUGCACAGCCCUCAGGGGGUGCCACCCAGGGGUCAGGAAAGAUGCAGCAAUGGUACAGGCCCUGGCAGAAACUCCUGGGAUCGAUCUGUGCACAUGAGACGGGCAGAUGAGGACAAGGAGAGGGUUGAGCCCUGGAGGAACGGCAGCGGUGUGGAUGAUGAUCGGCCGAACGGACGAGCGAGUGAACGUAGGAAGGCGUACUCUGAGUUUACAAGAACUGCUGAUGAACGUGGGGGAGAUGACGGGGUGAGAGGGAACAGAGACUGGUAUCCACGAAGCAGCCCUCAGGAUUACUCAUACAGGAGAAUGGAUGAUGGUUUCCCAUUGAAGGAACCGAUGUACAAGUCAGACAAGCCAAGCAGGCAGUCCUACCAGAGACAUGACAGCAAGUCACGCAGGAAGGAUGACCACCACAGCUCCAGGUCCAGGCAGUUUGAGACGACUGAUGAGAACCUUGGCCUGUCGCCUGAAGAGAAGAGCUCGCCCAGCAGAAGUCGAAGCAAAAGAUCAGGCAGGAAGCUCAGCCCCUCAGAGAAGCAUGACACUGGAAAGAAUGAUCGACAGUCAAAAGAGAAAUCCACUUCGCCUCAUAAGAACAAUAAGAUAAGUGGGAUGAGUGACUCUGCUAAGCAAAAAGUUGUGGAGAAGGAGCAGGACAGUGGAGAGAACACAGAUGAAGAAUGUUGGUAUCCUAAAAACAUGGAGGAACUGGUCACCGUGGAUGAAGUGGGGGGAGAAGAGGAUUCCAUAAUUGAACCAGACCUGCCCGAGCUGGACGAGCUAGCCUGCUGCCCCAAGGAGUCCGCUGAGGAAAACAUUGUCACCGAGCCGCCAAUCCCUCCCACGUCCAAUUCUGAGAUGCAAGACGUGUCCAGUCAAAAGCUUGAGACCGAGGAGCCAUGUGUGGAUUCUCCAAAUCAGACGGACAUGCCUGAGAACAUUGUCGGAGUUCUGUCUGAGGCAACGUGUGCAGAAGAAAAAGUCAUUCAUGAACCAUCAAAUACGAACCUCAGUAACUUCCCCGGUGAUGAGUUCAAGACAGCACUGGAGGAAACUUGUCUUCCUGAUAAAGUGACCGACUGUGAGUCACUGGAGGAGACGACCGAAAAGCGGAGUGCACCAGAAGACAUCAAGACACCCAGUGCUGAGCAAGUCACUGAGCCUGUCCCUAAUGGGACACAACACAAGGAGCUAGUUAUUACACAAGAUAUAGAGGCUCACACCUCAUCCAAUGAGCAAGACAAGGCUGUGAGUGAGCUCAGCAUCCCCCUGGGAGUGGAGUUUGUGGUCCCAAGUUCUGGAUUCUACUGCAAACUCUGUGGGCUCUUCUACACCAGCGAAGAGACGGCGAAGUCGGCUCACUGCCGCAGCACCAUACACUACAUGAACUUACAGAAAUACUUGUCCCAGCUGGCUCAGCAAAGUCUGAUGAUGGAACUGAGCAAACCUGCGGUGACACAUUGACCUCCUCCCUUUGAUGUUACCAAAAAGUGUGCGUGAUCGUCCACAGGAACAAAUAAUGUGACGUGUCAAAACUUGACUUUUUGCAUUUAGUUUUUUUAAGUAAAGAAAUGCUGACGUCUCUGUGAAGUACUUUGAUGCUGUAUAAAAGCAUUUCUUCUUUUAAUUACAACUGUCAGAAUAAAGCUGUCAUUUCAAUUUAAGGGUGAUUUUCAAUGUUUCAUAAUUACUGAAAUACCCAUUAAGUCAAUACGCCUAAAUGCAAAGGUUAAUUUAAUGAAUUAGUGUGGGUUUUUAUUGAUUUUAUUUCUCAGUAAAAAUGGCUGAGCUGAUUCUCAGGAAAUACGUGUUUCUCUAGCAGAUUGAACUAUUUAUUGAUGAGUAUUUAAACUAUUCUGUGUUUUUACAUUCACACGACCCUGUGACUGUUUGCACUGCAUUCAAUUCAAAGUCAGGUAAAUUCAUUUCAUCGACUGAUACAGAAGUUGAGGGUCAUUCACAAAUCAUCUCAAUUAUUUGCCAGCACAUGUAAUACCUUAAUUUGGAGACCUCCAGCUGGACCACAUUUUGUAACAUGAAGGGUUUCUUUGCUGUUCCUUUUUGAAGAGAUGCUGAA